UUUACGUAUUGUACCAGCUUCUUUACAUCCGUGUUCGCGUUGUUUUGAGUGCAUUUGAAAGGUUUUUGCUUUACUCUUAGUUAUUUCUUUGGAAGGAUUUGAUUAUCAACAUGGGGUGUGAUGGAGGAACCAUCCCUAAGCGUCACGAACUGGUAAAGGGUCCCAAGAAAGUGGAAAAGGCUGAUAAGAAUGCAGAGUUGUUGGCCCGCUGGAAUUAUUGUGCACUCAGUCAGGAAAAACUGCACCGUCCCAUUGUUGCUUGUGACCUUGGAAGACUUUAUAAUAAAGAUUCCAUUCUGGAGUAUCUUUUGGACAAAUCAGCAGAGCGACCCAAUAUUGAAGUAGUUGCACACAUUCGUAGUAUAAAGGACAUUAAGGAACUAAAUCUAACUGAUAACCCAGAGUGGCAAGGAGACCGAAGGAAUGCCAAAGGAGACUGCUAUGAGGAUCUGCAUCGAGCCCGCUUCAUCUGUCCUGUAGUUGGUUUGGAGAUGAACGGCAAGCACAAGUUUUGUUUCCUGCAGACCUGUGGUUGUGUUUUUUCAGAGAGGGCUUUGAGAGAAGUCAAAACUGAAAUCUGUCACAAGUGUGGUGAUCCAUUUCAAGAGAGUGACAUAGUUAUUCUAAAUGGUAACAAAGAAGACCUUGAAUCACUUCAAGACCGUAUGGAAGUGAAGAGAGCAAAGACCAAACUGGAAAAGAAAUCUAAGAAAUCAAAAGCUACUGAAAAUCACCCAAAACUCAAUGAAUCUGAAGAAAAUCCUGGCCCUUCAAGAAAUGUACAAGAAGUCUCCAAGGCUGUUUCUGUGAAUAAUGAUAAAUGCAAUGACUCAGCAGUUCCUGGCCCAUCAAAUUCUUCAUCUAAAAUUGCCAGGUCUGUAGCUGGUGGGAGCAUGAAAAGACCUUUAACUGAUAACAAGGAUAAAUCAGAAGUGUACAAAUCUAUUUUCACCUCUCACACCUCUGCAAAACGUACUAAGGAUCAGUCCUCCCACUGGAUCACUCAUACACCUUACCACUUCUAAUCAGAAUAAUUAUAAGUAUACAAGUUAUUAAAUAUGAUAAUCUUAUGCUGUAAAAAAAAAUAGAGGAAUCUGAGAAAAUUCUGUUUGUUAAUACAAAAUUAUGUACUUGGAAAUAGAAAAGCUCAGGGUUAUAUAAAUGCAAGAGAAAUGUUACAGUCCUUGUUUUCUUUAAUAUAGGGUUCUUUUAUUAAAGGGGGAGGGUAUUUACUCAACUAAGUGUUUUUGCUUUUUUUCUGUUUUGGUAUGCCUUAGAAGAAAGUUGUGAUAAUUAACCUUCCCAAAUUACUGUCUAGCUGAUUCAGUUUAGUGUUUACUGCUAACUAAAUACUGGUAGGUGAAAUUCUUUUUUCUGUGUAUUUCAGUAGCAUUUAGCCAUAUGGUAAUAGCCAUAUACAAAACACAAUAUAAAAUAAAAUAUAUCCUUUUAUUUAAAUGCUCCUAUCCAGUUAUUAACUUUUGUCAUCCUUAAAAUAAUAAUUAAUGACUCAUAAUGAAUAGAAUGAAGAGGACAGGAUAGGAAUUAUACUUCAACAAAAUUAAGAAUUCUUAAUUCAGAAGGUCUUUUCUAGUGUUUUGGAGGUAAUGGAAGUUGCAUAGGCACGUUUUAAAUUAGUAAUUUUUGAAGACCGUCAAACGUCAGUAUGUAUUAGCAAGUUUAUAUUUUUUAUCUCUGUUACUGUGUAUGGAGAAAUAUUUCAAAUACAAUAAAUACGCAUUUAAAUGUAUUGUGAAAUGUAACAAUGAAUAAAAUAAAUAAAAACAGUACCCGCUAAAGCCCACCCUUUAUCUAACCUCACCCAGUGUUGAUGGGUGAAGAUGGCAGUUUUUGUUUCAUUGAGCAUUUGUAUAUUGUUUGUGGUGUCACUUGAAUAAAUAAAUGAUGAAAAAAAUCUAAAAA